GAGGCGACCUGGAGGUGGGGGAACACCUCCCUGGGACCCCCCUGUGCCAGCCUGGACGGCACCUUCAGGGAGCUGAGGAGGAUCCUGUGCCCCCUGCGAGAGGCCGAGGGGUGCAGGCUCUGCCCCGUGGGCUGGAUGCUGGGCAGGACCAAGUGCUACUGGGUCUCGGAAAGGAUGAACUCGUGGCACGGGAGCCGGGAGGACUGCGGGGCCCGCGGGGCCGCGAUGGCGAUGCCGUGGGACAAGGACGAGCUGGAUUCCCUCAAUGAGACCCUGAGGAAACCCACGCGCCACUUCUGGAUCGGGCUCUCGGUGCCCGCGCCCGGCGUGGGCUGGACGUGGGUGAACGGCUCCCGCCCGGACUGGAGCCGGUGAGGAGCGCUGGGGGGUCGGGGUGGGCACCCCCCUGUCCCCCGAGGGCCCCCCGGGGGUGACACGGGCCCCCUCCCGCACCCGCAGCUUCCCGCAGGACCUCGGGGAGGGUCCCGGAGCCUGCGGGGCGCUCAAGGGGGACAGGAUCGACCCCCGCGCCUGCGACACGGGGCUGCAGUGGAUCUGCCAGACGGAGUCCGCCCGGAUCUGAGCCUCCAUCGCACCCAAAACCCACCGUUAAUGCGCGAAAAAAUCCCGAUUCCCGCGGGUUCGGCACCCACCGGCGGCUCCCGGGGCACGGGCAGGACCGCGGCCGGGGAAAGUCGGGGGGCG